UUCUCUUUUCUAUGCGUUACGACAUCAUUAAACGACAUGGACCUGCAUAUACAUUUUAACUAUUGCAGUGUGGAUGUUUCCUGCAGAAGUGACAAAAUUCCGGUAAUAAACUGUAAAAGCAGUGAUUUUAUGCUUAUGGUCACCUGGUAAAAGAGGUGCGGUAAUUAUAGGGGAUAAAUAAUAGAACAAAAUAAAAAAAGAAAUGAUCACUUCGCAACAAACAAAAAAAUGCAUUUCAUCAUCAUCAUUAAUCAAAUAAAUAUAAAAACGUUCUGUUCCCUUUUACAACACAUGGUUUAAAAUCUAUUACUGUUUCCUUUUACCAUUCAAGUUUUAAUGUCAUACAGAAUAUAACACAUCUAUCAAAUGCAUACGUAUAGUAAUAGUCUAGUGAUAGUACUAUUAUCUCUCUUGUGGAUUGCGACCGCUUUCCCCGUGGAGGCUGGGGUUGAGGAUCACUACACCCCACAACAACAACAACAACAAUAUAAACCUCAUAAACAACAACAACAAAAACAUCAUCAACAACAUGAUCAUACCAAAUACAAAACUUCAAAACAAAACGUCUUAUUCCAAUUAAUCGAAAAUGAUGAAGAACGGGAGAUUCAAAUUGAAAACAUCCUUAAGAAUCCAAUCAAUUUCAAAGGCUUUCCUCCUAUUGUAAGUUUACCCACUAAAGAUCAAAGAACUCUUAAAGAUGGUGAAAUCCCCAAUUAUGUCAUUGAUUAUGCCCCUUUGGUCCAUCUCUAUAGUGAAGAAAGAUACUUACCUUAUGAUAUCAAGGAUUAUUUAACUAAUUUCCAUGUUGAAUUCCCUAAUGGUACUCAUGUCCCCGGUACGGAAGAUUUAAAUAUUGAAAUUUUUGGUAAUUUAUCUCAAAGUUACGAUACGUCUGAGCUUUAUUUAACAUCAAAUUCUGAUUUCAGUAAGGAUCCAAAUUGGUUAACUGGGAUUAAAAAUAAACCAAGUUUAAUCGAUGGUGAAAUUAAAGAUGCUCCUGCUACUUUAAUCGUGGUUGAUAAAGGUAAUGGAUGGGUUGAUUCUUAUUGGUUUUAUUUCUAUUCUUUCAAUUUAGGUCCCUUUGUCAUGGGUCAAGGUCCUUAUGGUAAUCAUAUUGGGGAUUGGGAACAUUCAUUAGUUAGAUUCUAUAAUGGGGUUCCAAUCAUCGUUUGGAUGUCAGCUCAUGGAGGUGGUGGAGGUUUCUAUUAUCAUAAUUUAGAAAAAUAUCUGUUAGAUUCAAAACAUCCCAUCAUUUUCAGUGCAAGAGGUACUCAUGCUAAUUAUCCUAGUGUAGGACAAUAUCCUCAUGAUUUACCUUAUGAUAUCUUAUCUGAUUUUACCGAUCGUGGUCCAUUAUGGAACCCCACUAAAAAUUAUCUUGGUUAUACUUAUGAUGGACAAUUUGUUUAUCCUGGUACUACCAAUCAUAAUUCAAAACAUACAGGAAGAGAAGAAUCUUAUUUUAAUUGGUUAUCAUAUAAUGGUCAAUGGGGUGAUAAACAAUUGAUUAUGAAAGAUUCAAGACAAACUUAUAAUUUGGUAGCAGGUUAUAAAUUCAUUGAUGGUCCAAAGGGUCCAUUAGCUAAAAAUUUAUUAAGAUUAUCACCAUGUGAACGUACAAAAUGGUAUAAUUUUUGGGGAGGUUGUAAUGUCAGACAAAAUAUAAAAUGGGGAAUUGGAGUUGAAAGUGAAGGAUAUAAUUGUGGAAAUUUAUUCAUGUCGAUUAAACCAGCAUUUAUAAGAAAAACUUUACAAAGAUUUACUUGGGGUGGAGGUUUAUGUUUCUUAAUGGAUAUAUUUUAUGGUUAAAUUUAAAAUAAAAAAGCAAAAAAAUAGAAAAUUACAAAAAUUAUCAAGGUGAGAGUUUACUCGCAGAACAACAUAUAUAUACAUACAUAUUAAUGGUAACAGAUCAUAUCUGUUAGAUCUAUAAUAUUUUCAUUUCUAACUAAUACUAAGUUUAAUAUACUUUUUUAUUUAUUAAUUUGGUAGACCAUAUUUAGAGUUGAGGUGAUUUCCUCUUACCUCUACUGAUGUUAUUCUACGGCAUUUCUCAA